CGGUUGAGAGGGGGGAACGGGGGGGGGGGGAGAAAGUAGGAGCCCGUUCUCACGGUACGCGGACACGCGUGUCCCCAGAAGCGGGUUUUUCUGAAGCGGGAGGCGUUAUGGUGCAGGGCGACGCAGGAACUAACAUUGGAUGGACAAGUCUGGAGCCGCAGGACCCUUUGCGGGCCACAGGCCGGAACCCCUCGACCCAAACCUUGCAAGAUGCGAGUCACCUUCUGCCAAGGCGUCUUGGCCGCCGCCAUCGCCCUUAACCUGCUGAUCCUCUACUACAUCUCCAGGCUGCAGCAGCAUGUCCUACAGCGGCACAGGGACCACGCCCAGCCCAGCCACCCUCAGCACCUGGGGCCCCUCCGCCCCGGCGUCACCCUCCUCAUCCGAGACUUUGAAGAUUUCGAGAACUACGUCUCCAGCGUGGUGCAGUCUUUCCUGAAGCAGGAUCCGGAGCUGCCCAUCCUGGUGGUGGCUGACAGCUUGCCCUACCCCCCCUUGCUUCUUCCCAAGGUGCCCAACGUCCAGCUGGUCAUCCUCAAACCUUCCCCGGAUCAGCCGGCCUUCGUAUCCAGGCCGGAGACUUACGUGAAGACGGAGUAUGUGGCCUUGGUGCCCGACGGGGUGAGGGUGGAGUCCGCGUCUCAGCUGGAAGAAAUGCUGGAGGAGCUCAAGAGCAGCCAAGGGAAAGUAGAGAUGGUGGCAGCUGCGGUCCACUCCCUGCUGCCCUUCCGGUGCCUUCACCUCAAGGUCAACCUCAAGGAAUGGACCGCGGAGUACAGCGAGACGCCUCCUGCCUCCAAGCUCUGCACCGCCUUGAAGGGGAAAGCCGUGGUGCUCCUCCGUACCCGCAGCCUCUUCAACCUCUCCCUGCCUCUGGCCAAACCUUUGCUGACCUCCCUCUUCAUCCAGACCUCCCUGCGAGGGUGGUCCGUCCGCCUCCUGGACCGCCCCUUCUCUUUGUUCCACUUGCCACUGCUCACCUCCUCCCACAACCAGUGGAAAGCUGAUAACCUGGCCAAGUCCAAUGAGCUGCGGCUCUUCCGGGAUUUCGGCAUCAAGCAGGUGAUUGUGGAAGAUGGCAAGCAGCAGUGGUUUGGGUGCAGCAAGGAGACGCCGCGGUGUUUCGGAACCAUCCACGACGACACACCGGAAUACCUCUACCAGGACCGCUGGACGCCGCCGUGCUGCCUCAAGGCCCUGAGAGAAACCGCCAAGUACGUCAUCAACGUCUUGGAAACCUCCGGGGUGCGGUACUGGCUGGAGGGGGGCACGCUCCUUGGGGCAGCCCGCCACCAGGACAUCAUCCCUUGGGAUUACGACGUGGACCUGGGGAUCUACCUGGAAGACGUUCCCAACUGCGAGAUGCUCCGGAGCGCCGAGUCGGGGUCCAUCGUGGACGAGAAGGGCUUUGUGUGGGAAAAAGCCAUCGAGGGCGACUUCUACCGGGUCCAGUACAGUGAGCACAACCACCUGCACGUGGACCUGUGGCCCUUCUACCCCAAGAACGGCGUGAUGACCAAGGACACCUGGAUGGACCACCGGCAGGACGUAGAGUUUCCUGAGCAUUUCCUAAAGCCCCUGGUGCCCAUCGAGUUUGCCGGCUUCGUGGCUUUGGUUCCCAACAAUUACCGCAGCUUCCUAGAACUCAAAUUUGGGGAAGGGGUGAUUGAAAACCCAGAGUACCCAAACCCAGCCGUGAAGAGCAUAAACGCGAGGAGAUAAGGGGACACGCCCACCCCCGGGGCCCGGCUGCAAAGGGAGAGGGCCUGAGGUCUCCCCCGUCUAAAAUCUCCCCUUUCAUACGAAUGGGGGGCCCUGAGUCAUUGACGCGUGUGUAAAGUGGGGGCGUGUGACUCCUCUAUGGCUGGUUCCCCAGCGUCUCUUCAGAACUCAGGGAGAGGUUUGCAACACUGGAUGGAGUCAGAGCACUGGCCAGAGGGGCUGUUUGUUCUGCAUGGCCCCCCCUCCCCCCACCAAAAAAAGAAGCGCCGUUCACUGGAUGCUUGCACGCCACGCAUUCCUAGGUCGUGACAGCCACCGGCAUUCUUUAUCCUCAGCGGCUGGUAUUCAGGGGGAGACUGCCUCUGCGCCCUCAGCUGUGAUCGUUGCAUUUGG